UUCGAUAUCUCUUGUAAGUUUGUUAUUAAUUGCCAGGUAAAUCUACAACUCUUCAGGUGCACGGAGCGCUGGAGACUGCAGAGAUGUGGGUUUCCUUUCUGGGACGGGCUCCCUCGCAGAGACCACCUAAAAAGCUGCUUCUGCAGCGUUCGGCGCUUUUCCGUGGACCUGACAAAAGCAGAUUUUAGCCACCAUCUAAGCCAUUCGGACACCCGAGGAGAUGGCUCUCAGACUGAUCCCCAGCAGAGCGACGGAGAGCCCUGCGCUGCAGGGGGCUCAGAGCCUUUGAAAGACACAAAGCCCCCCUUUUCCAAGCACCCAACGCUGCUUCCCCCCACUAACUGCUGUAUGAGUGGCUGCCACAACUGCGUUUGGAUUGCAUAUGUAGAGGAGCUGCAGAAACACUACCAGGAUGGGGGAGAAGAGGCCUUAGCAGCUGUGGAAAAGCACAUAGAAGAUGAGAACAUUAAAAUGAUUUUAAAGAUGGAAAUCAGAUUCCGCAUGAAGAAAGACUGAUGCU